AUGCUCUUUUCUCCCGCGUCAUUUUACCAUGCCAAGUACUUCAAUGUGCUUUGGCUCAAGCUGCAUGGCUCAAGCAGCAUACUUUGGUGUCAGCAGAGGUGGGACAAGGCUUUGAGCCUGUGGGACUUGAGAUCUGGCACCAAGGCACUUUUGGAGCAAGUUUCGGCUAGUUCCUCUGCUGCAGGAACUGUUCAGACUUUGCAGUCACCACUUCCUCCACAAGACUUCACAGCCUUCAAAAAUUUUGACCUGGAGGAUCGACCUGUCCCUGUUGAAGGCUUGGCCUCGCGUCGAGUCACAGAAAUGGAACUUGCGGAUAGAACCAAGCAGACUUUCACCGACAAUUGGCGAAGGCCACUUUCGGUUGAAGACACGUUCGUUGCCAAGUUGGACAAGGCAAAAGACAAGGAACUUUGGAGGACUUUAAGGCUCUUGUCUUACAAGCAGCAUGAUGAAGUUUCUCCUGAUGAUAGGACUUUCAUUCUCGCCCGGGUCUUGAUCCUGCUGCAACCUUGGAAUGCAAACAUGAACAUGAACCGGAAGAAGCUGGACCUGGUCCCAAGAUGCAGCGACUUUCGUGUGUACUCCCUGUUGUGGUUGACGGUCCUGAUCAGACUUUUGCGAGCACUCCAAGCCUCACAAGUUUGUGAAGACAUUUAUGUCAUUCCACCUGCUGAAUACUAUCCAGAUCAGAACGUGGUCUGGAAGUUGAAGCGUGCACCUUAUGGCUUGAAGAACUCCCCGAAAGAACUUUUGUUGAAGAUCACAGGUGUAGACACUUUGAAGAAAGUGACUGACUCAGAGCAAGUCUUUACAGAAGAGUUGUUGGCUGAACUUUAUGCUAUUGGUGGUGGCGUAGCUGACUCUCUGUUCGUUCGUAGCCUGGUCACUGUAGAGUUGGAUCACCAACUGGAGCAAUGGUGGAGGAAAGGUGAGACUUUCUCCACUUUACCAUCAGCACUUUUGCAUGCUGAUGCAUAUGCCCAGUACCAGAGCGACUUUGGAACUGGUACAGUCUUCAUCUACAGACUUUUGCGCGCCAGCUGCGCUGCUUUUGAAGGCAUGCGGGAGUUCGCGAUCAAAAUCGACGAGUGCCGAUUUUGCCAAAACGUUCUGCGUUUGGAACGCAUCGCUGCGGGAAGAUGGCCCUGA